ACAGAGGCGGAGACCCGGGACUGGAGAGUCAGUCAGGGUCCGACCACGAUCUGGAUCUGCGGAUUGUACCGACAUGGCCUCCGCCGUGAAGUGUUUCGGAGUUUCUCUAUUUCUUCUGUCUUUGCACGGCGGCGCGGGAGUGUCCGGACGCGCCGUGGCCGCGCUGGGAUUCCCGCGGAGAACCGGCAGCGAGAAACCUUCGACGCUCGAACCGCUUUCAAGAUCGGAGCGGAGGAGGUGGCGCCGGGACAGUACGGAGGACACGCGCCGGGAUCGUUGCGCGGAGCUGGGAGCGGCGUGGAUGGAGAACGCGCGGCACGCCGAGGAGGAGGAGGAUACAGCGAUGGUUCUUCGGCUCCGGGGUCGACUUUUUUCCCCCGCGGACGCCUCUCGGGGUCUCCUGUUCCCGGGACGGCCGCCAACUUUGUGCGUAAAGUUUACCAGUGCUGUCAGGGAGGGGGGGUCUGCAGCAGCGUCAAGGGGAUCCAAGGCCGCAUGAGAGGAGACAGAGACGUGGAGUUCCUCCUCUCCGGAGACGUUUUGUCGUUAGCGGUGACGAGGGCGGAGCUUCACCUGCAGAUCUUCAACCCGCUCCACCUGGACGUUCGGCCGGUGCUGCCGUCCAGGGCGGAAGACGGUCUUCCCACCAGGUACAGCCUGUGGUCAGAGGGAACACGAGCGGAGCUCCGGGUGGACUUGCUGUUCCUCCUCCGCGGCCUGCAGGGGGCAGCAGGCGGCACCGGCGCAGGAGGGGGUCACAGCGUGGUGAACAUGCGGCGGAUGGCCUUCAUCCAGAAGCCCGCUUCGCUCGCUCUUCAGGAGGCCCGAGGUCAGACACGGGGGGGCGGAGUCCUCACCAAACUGCCUGACCUGGAGCUAGGUCUGGUCCUGAGCUGCAGCCGCGGUGGGGCAGCGGUGUCCUGCGGAAGCGGCAGCGUUCAACUCUCACAUACGCCUUUCGUCGCUCUGUACUACAGAUGACUUGAACCGAACCUGGACCGAAAGGAACAAACGAUGCACUUCAAAAUCAAAUCCUCUAAUUUAUAAACGUUAUUUUUAUUUUUGACAAAUGUAUAUGUACAAAUAUAUAUGUAUGUAUUAUACGGACGAGAUGGAAUAUUCGGAAACAAAUGUUGAUAAAAAAAAAAGAAAGAAAACCCGCUG